CCUGCCCUGUUGCUGUUGCGCGGCUGCUGGCUGCUGCCCUGGACACCCAUCAUGGAAAAAACAAUAGAAGAUCCCCCCACAUCAGCUGUCUUGCUCGAUCGUUGUCAUUUCUCUCAGGUCAUCUUUAAUAGUGUGGAGAAGUUCUAUGUCCCUGGAGGGGACAUCACAUGCUAUUAUACCUUCGCCGAGCAUUUCAUCCCCCGUCGAAAGGACUGGAUUGGCAUCUUUAGAGUGGGAUGGAAGACAACCCGUGAAUAUUAUACCUUCAUGUGGGUUGCUUUGCCUAGUGACAUAAACAACAAAUCAGCCAAACAGCAGGAAGUCCAAUUUAAAGCUUAUUACCUGCCUAAGGAUGAUGAGUAUUACCAGUUCUGUUAUGUGGAUCAGGAUGGUGUGGUCCGGGGAGCAAGUAUCCCUUUCCAGUUCCGUCCAGAAAGUGAGGAGGACAUCCUGGUUGUUACUACUAAGGGAAAGGUAGAAGAGAUUGAACAGCACAACGAGGAGCUUUGCAAAGAAAACCAGGAACUGAAGGACAGCUGUGCCAGCCUCCAGAAGCAGAACUCAAGCAUGCAGGCUGAGCUCCAAAGGAAGCAGGAGGAGCUGGAGACUCUACAGAGUAUCAAUAAGAAAUUGGAACAGAAAGUGAAAGAGCAGAAAACCUGUUGGGAAACUGAGCUGCUUCAACUGAAAGAACAUAACCAGAAAGUGUCCUCAGAAAAUGAGAAGAUGGGAAUCAGAGUGGAUCAGCUUCAGGCCCAGCUGUCAACUCAAGAGAAGGAAAUGGAAAAGCUUGUUCAGGGAGAUCAAGAUAAAGCAGAACAGUUGGAACAUCUGAAAAAGGAAAAUGACCAACUCUUUUUCAGUUUGACUGAACAGAGGGAGCAACAGAAGAAGCUCCAGCAGAUAGUGGAGGAUAUGAAGCAGAAAGAAACUACUGCAGCGAAGAAACAACAGGAGUUAAUGGAUGAGAAUUUUGACCUGUCAAGAAGACUGAGUGAGAACAAGAUUAUAUGUGAUGUUCUGCUGAGAGAGAAAGAGAGAAUGGAAAGAGAAAAUGAUCUCUUAAAGAAAGAGAACAGCAGAUUGCUGAGUUACAUGGGUCUGGAUUUUGACUCUUUGCCAUGUCAAGUGCCUACUUCAGAUCAAGGAGGUGCUGGACAAAAUCCAGGUCUUGUCUAUGGAAACCCAUAUUCUGGUAUUCAAGAAAGUUCUGCCCCUAGCCUGCUCUCCAUCAAGAAAUGCUUCACCUGCAAAUCAGACUUUGCUGAUGAAAUCUGUGAUCACACCUUGGAGCAGCAGCAAAUGCAGACCCUUUGUUUGAAUUGUCCAAUUUGUGACAAGACCUUCCCAGCAAGAGAGAAGCAGAUCUUUGAAGACCAUGUGUUCUGCCACUCUCUUUAAGCAUCCAAGCCUUUUGGAUCUAUGCUGUACAUAGUUUAGUAGAACAUACAGCUUCUACUAUGAGUUAAAUGAGUCAAGAUCCUUCCUAACCUGAAAUCAUUAGGGAUUUACUUAGCUCUGCUGCCUGUAAAGGUGGAGCCAUGUCCAUUAUCUACAAGAUGAUGUUAAGAGCUUCUGCCUCCAUUCUUGUGAGUGACUACCUAAGUCACAUAGCUCUAGCUGUAUCAGCCUCUCACUUAUGUGCCCAUUCUUCCUUGGGACCUCAGUACAAGGGCGCCAGGAUAGAGUUGACCUGCCUGAGUUGAUCUGCCAGAGUUGUUACUAAGUGAUUGUCUUCCAAGUUUUCCCAUUGCUAUUCAAGUUUAGGCCUCAAGUAUAUUUGUACUCAGUCUUUAGUUCUAACUCUGAGGGCCUCCUCCUCAGGCCUCUUUCUCCAACUGAUUGCAUUAAACUAACCCAAAAUUCAGAUGUCCAAUUGAAUGCUAGAGAUUUUUUUAACUCCCAAAAGAAACAUUUUGUUCCUGAAACAUGGACAGGAAAUACUACUUCAGUCUCAGAAAGACUUCUAUCUAUAUAACUGAUUGACAUUCCUGCUCUUUAAUCUUCCUGUGCACAUAACUUUUAUUGUUGCCCUUUUUUCUCUUUCUUUUAGGUACUGGAAUUGAAUGCAGGGGUGCUCUACCACUGAGCUAAGCCCCCAGCCCUUUUUAUUUUGAAACAGUUUCUUGCUGAGUUGCCCAGGCUGGCCUUGAACUUGAAUUCUUCUGCCUCGUUCUCCUGAGUCACUGGGAUUACAGGCAUGCGCCACCAUACCUGCUUUAUUAUUGUCUUUCUUUAGUUAGGAGUUGUUGGAAACUGUAGGUUUACAUCUUUCUGAACAGUUGAGUUUGGAAUAUGAAUGUCAAAAUAAUGAGGCUACUAUUGUUAAUCCCCUCAAUACUAAGGGAUUUAGGUAAUUUAAAAUAAACCUUUAGUUUACAGUCUUAUUUUUAAGUUUUUGAGUUAAACAAAAGGAUAAUGGAAAACCCCACAAAUGAUUUCUCUUCACCUGUUUUAACUGUUCAGUGAGUGUGUCCUGGCAGCUAUGUUGCCGUGGGGAGGGAUGUGAUAAGCAUCAGUUUGAGAAAUCCGGGGCUCUGCCUUUUUGCUGUAACUUUCCAUGUGUUUUUUGAAAAGCAUUGUGGAUUUUGGCACCCUUUGUGGACUAAGCUCAAUGCCCUCCAUCCAGAUUUGCCUAAUUGAACUAUAAGAAAGCAAUUCCAUUUUCUCUCCCCUCGGGAACUGAACAAAUGGAAAUGACUCCCAGGCAGUCAACCAGCUGGUCACCAUAGAGACUUUUACAAAAACUUUUGAAUGAUGUGAAACAUGAUGUAAUGCAUAAGGUUGAGCCAACUCUACCUCUGCAUUCCUACUGGGGUUUUCCUGAUAUGAUUGGAGUUGUGCCCUAGACAAACUAUUGUCCUAAUCACAGCUACUUGCUUUUAUUUCUCCUUGAUAAAAUGAAAGUGAAGCUA